GCGCGCUCCCGCGCAUGCACACACAUUUUAAUACACGACAUUUCUCUCAAAAUCACACUCAGACGAUGCAUGAUUUUGUUUUCAAAUUUCUGCGUCAAAAUUGCGCUGGAAGACUUCACUACGUAUCGUAGACGCCCACAUUUUCGUCCAGGUGCUAAAAUUGCUAAAAUUCUGACAAAAAUAUCAAGAAACUUGAUAUAUAAACUCGGUACACGAGCACAGUUAAACCAUGAGUAUGGAAUCCUACUGUUCAUCAAGCAUACUGAACAUGGAACAACAAACGGAAGGUGCCGAUUCCCCCAUAGUGACGCAGCUCCCUGGAAGAUACACCACGGACGCAGCCUCGUCAAGAAUGGCAGCAACAGUAGUUUUCAAGAUCAAGAAAAGGGAGAUAAGAAAGAAGAAGAAGAAAACACCGAAAAGGGAGAGAACCCUGAAGAAAAACAAUAGGAAGCUCUUGGAAAAAAUAUACAGAUUGAUGGAGAACGAAGAAAAUCUUCGCGAGCAGCUCCUCCGAGAACGUAGAAAGAACAAAGAGUUCAAGAAACUUCGACGACAGUUGCAGGAGGAGCAGUACAUCAAUCGCCGUCUGGAGGAACUGAACAGAAAAGAUGAACUCCACAUCAUCUCUCUGGAAGUCGAGAUUGAUCGGUUGAGGGAGAUGAUCAAAAGAAAAAAGUCUCAUACAAAGAAAGAUAGAGAAAAUGGCCAUUUACGACAGCUAGAGAAAUCCAGGCAUACAAGUGAGACCUGCCAGCGUCCAGUGUCUGAUCCAGCUGAAUACAGAGCGAACAGAUUGAUCUGCGAAGGAGUGAGGGCUUUCUUGAGCGACAGUAUCAGUGAUGCCAUAAACAUCUUUGAAGAAGCCUUGACUAUGGAUGUCACCCAAGAGGAAGAAGCCCUUCUGAUUUUCUUGAACGCUAAGGCUAAAUCGGCGUCUGAUGGGCCAGACCACCUGGGAAUCGUUGUGGACGUCACAAAGGCAAUGGAAAAGGGCCUUCAUGGCUCGAGAUUAUUAGGACUCCGUGGGAGACAUCUCUUGAGCUUUGGACUUUUUGCGCCUGCUGUGGACGACUUUGAAAGUGCCUAUGCUCUAGUAGAAAGUGAAGGAAAUCUGGAAAAUGUGGAAGAGGCUCGGAGAGCAGCGAAGAAAUGGGAAGAGCAAAGCCACUAUGAAGUUCUGGGUGUGAAACAAAGUGCCACAAAACAGGAGAUUUUGAGAGCGUUCAGGAAUUUGUCCAUGAUCUAUCAUCCGGACAGGCAUGUGGGUAAGCCCGAGUUUCUCCUGAAAGCCUUUCAAGAGAAAAUGAAGAGAAUUGCCGUCGCUAAGGUUGUGCUUACUGAUGACGCCAAGCGGAAGAAAUACGACCGGGACAGAAGGCACGAUGUAGAUGCUAGGAUCGAAUCACCUAUGAUGGAUUCUCCCGAUGACAUCUUCAGUUUCUUUUAUUGGAUUAUUCAUAAUUUCAUGAUUUGAAGUCUUCGGUUAAAGAUCGUAGAUCUUAGGGAAAGUGUUCUACCUCCGCCUCCUCUGGGAGUGUGUUGUGGUAAGGCAAAACAUUUUUUGUAAGGACCUUUUUUGUUAAGUUUUAUCAAUAAAGCAUACUGGUUUAAUCAUA